AAGGGUUCCUCCUUUCACAGGAUUAUUUCAGGAUUCAUGUGCCAGGGUGGUGACUUCACACACCAUAAUGGCACUGGCGGCAGAUCCAUCUACGGAGAGAAAUUUGAGGAUGAGGACUUCGUCCUGAAGCAUACAGGUCCUGGCAUCUUGUCCAUGGCAAAUGCUGGACCAAACACAAAUGGUUCCCAGUGUUUCAUCUGCAGCGCCAAGACUGAGUGGCUGGAUGGCAAACACGUGGUCUUCGGGAAGGUGAAAGAAGGCAUGGACAUUGUGGAAGCCAUGGAGCGUUUUGGGUCCAGGAAUGGCAAGACUAGCAAGAAGAUCACCAUUUCCAACUGUGGACAACUCUCAUUCUUUCGACUUCUUACCCACGAGACCAUUCCUUCUGUAGCUCAGGAGAGCACCCCCACCCCAUCUGCUCACAGUACCCUGUAA